CGCUUGCUUCCCUCGAACGUCUCCCGUAAUGUUUAUAUAAUCUAUGGAUGAAUGGAGUCUUUAAAACAUGCCUUUCAAAUCUUUAUCAAAGUACCUUAUCGUUGGAAUAUCGCUGGUGACUAUCAUGAACACGCUGGUUCUGUUUUCUUGCAGGUUUUCAGAAUCAGGAUGUCCAUUGUCCAGUAACUAUAGAGACACAUCAAGUCACCUACCAGUACCCAGUGGUGAAUACAAGCGCAAAGUAAAACUUGAUAGUAAAGAACUCUUACUGUUUGAGAGUCAAGUUAAAUUUCAAGAUAAGACAGAAAAACCAAUCAAACCAGUUAUUCAAGACAAACUAGACAAACCAGAGACAAAAGAUGAAAUUUCAAAAGAACAUUCUUUUCGAGGCAAAAAUGAAGAASCAUUAAGAARGGAGGAGACAGGAGGGCAAACAAAGGAUGGCUCAGACCCAGAUAAGGUGAUGAGUGUUGCAGAUUAUGAAAAUAGAAAUCAUGAUGACUUUAGUGUAAAGGAAUCUGUUAUUGCAGGGAGAAUAAGAUCAGAUAAAGCUUUUCUUGUUAUUGGUGUGCCAUCCAUGAAGCGAAUUAAAGCCAAUUACCUCACACAGACACUGCGAGAGCUUGUUGAUGGUCUGGAAGACUCAGAGAAAGAAGAAGUGCUCAUUUUAGUCUUCGCUACAGACUUUGAUCCAAGUGCUGUUAUAAAUGUAGUGGACGAAGUCCGUUCUAAAUUUCGAAGAGAGCUUGASUCAGGAUUGAUUCGUGUCAUUAAAGCCCCUCGCUCUUUUUACCCAAAACUUGACAAACUUCCGCAGCUUUGGGGUGACAAACCUGAGAGGGUGUACUGGAGAUCAAAGCAAAGCCUUGACUAUGCAUUCCUCUUUAAGUAUGCCAAAGACUUAGGGCGUUAUUACUUGCAAAUUGAAGAUGAUGUUUCCACCACUAAUGGAUACCUCAAAAAGAUCAAGGAUUUCAUCCAAAGACAUGAAACUCGAAAAUGGUCGAUCUUGGAGUUUGGCGCAAGGGGUUUUAUUGGGAUGAUGUAUCGAGCCUCUGACUUAGGACCAUUAUCGAAGUUUGUYAAGAUUUUUUACUGGGUGUCUCCUAUUGACCUCUUAUUCAGACAGUUCAAUGAUUUUCACCUCUAUGGYAACCCUCAGUGGCCUAAGCUAAGCCCACCUCUUUUCCGCCAUGUGGGGACAUUCUCGUCUUUAAAUGGACAAGUGCGCAGUCUCGAAGAUAUUAAAGGAAAUGGAAAACGUCUUCACAAAGAUAGUCAUAACCCGGAUGCGGAAGUGACAACUUCAAUACGACAGAGCGUAAGACAUUCUAAAAUAAAGUCKGCAUACGAUACGUUGUAUCAUGGGGCUUUCUGGGGAAGAAAURUUAAAAAAGGGGAUUCCAUCAUUGUGCAUUUCACCAAGGCUACCAAAAUCACCAAGCUUAUUGUGGAAUCAGGAGGAGCUAGAGCUCCUGAAGACUACYUCGGUGGUGCAAGAAUAUUACAUGCUACACAAAACGAAGAUGGCGAAUGCGAAGAUUACUAUUUUUGGAAGGAAUUUGUAGAUAUGCCACAGCUUAAAGUGRCUAGCGAUAAGGGUACUGUUUGUGACUGUGUGAAAAUAGAAAUAACCAGACUACGGAGAGACAGAAAAGGGAAUGCACGAUGGCUUGUUGUUCGAGAAAUAGCCAUAUGGACGACAACGUAAAACACUGAUUUGAAAUAAAGAAACCUCUACUGUGGUUUCAACGUGCCUUGCCCGAAAAAAUUCUCCCAUAGUAGCGUUUUUUGAGGGAGCUGAGAACCCGUGAUACCAGGGGCGUGUGUAGGGGUCUUAUCAUGGGGUGUUGCUUUUUUCCCUUUCCCAAGGCCUAUACUAAAAUAUAUACUACAAUAUAAAGAGAAUAUAGCUAUGUAACUAAGAGUAUCUAGUCAAGUGUGGAUACUACAAUAUAAAGAGAAUAUAGCUUUGUAACUAAGAGUAUCUAGUCAAGUGUGGAUACUACAAUAUAAAGAGAAUAUAGCUAUGUAACUAAGAGUAUCUAGUCAAGUGUGGAUAGAUAAGAGAUGCCGCAUAUAUAUUGCAAUUUCAGGUCUUUUAUCGAUUUUUAAUAUAAGAAGCAUUUCUUUUGUUGGA